UGCAGGUAUUGAACCUGAGGAAACCCACCAGCUGGGCUUCGAGAUCGACAAACGAAUCCAAACCACAGAAUGCUGCGGAACCGGAGAGGCGGACGAGGGGGUCCCAUGUUCGAGCCGUACCCGAAGGCCGCACCGAACUCCCGGGUCCUGUACCUCUCGAACAUCAACGACCACACCACGGCGCACAGAUGGAAGGACGUCUUCGCCAACUGUGGGCUGCGCUUCAAGAGCUGGAACCCUCACUCGCAGAGACCCGGUGCUGCAUUCAUUGAGUUUUACAACGAGGAAGAUGCGGACAUGGCCCUGAGGGCCUUGCAGAGAGCCGGUGCAUGCGUGGAGUACGCACGAGGAGGCAGACAAAUGCUUAGUCCAGGACCAUACGACCCUCCUUGGCCAGAUAGCUUCCCUCCGGCUCUGAUGUCUCCGAACCUGUCUCGUCCGCGCCCCAUGAUGAAUCGGACUCCCAGGCCUCCGCGGACCCCGCAGGGCCUGAACCGACCGCAGCAGUCCCCCGUGCCGAAGAUGGUCGAGCAGAGGAAGUCCGGGCCCCCCCGGCAGGCGCGAAGACUCUCCGACCCUUCCUCGCAGCUUCCCGCCGACUUCCAGGAGAACGGCUCGCUCAUGCUGUUCUUCCUCAAUCUUCGGAGGCGAGAAGUGUACGCCGAAAAGACGGUCAUGCUCACCAUUGUUGGGGCAGAGCCGGUCAAACAUGCUGAUGUGAAAGAGGCAUUCCCUGAGUUUGAAUUCCUCACCAAUCCUGGCAGCAAGAGUCGAGAUCACGUGGCAGUGAGGCUGAUCUUCAAGUCGGAGGAGAAUGCAGCCAAGAUGCUGGCCAAGGAAGAGAUGCCUCUUGUCAAUGGUAGGCAGGUUCAUGCCAAGAAGAUCAAUGUCAGACUCUCCCCUCCCAAACGAGAGAGGCUGGAUCCAUAUCAGCGUGCAAAUCUUCUGUAUGGGACCAUGUACGAUGCCAUGGCGGAUUUCAUCAGGAGCGACAACCUGUACAUCAAGGACUGGCCAAUCCUUGUGACCUUUUCAAACAUGGCUGGAAUCAAGCACAAUCCUUUCCAGAGCAAGGACUACGAGUUCCUGGAAAAGGGUCGAAAAGGUGAGAACAAGAAGGGUUCAGAUGGGAAGGAAGAUGAAAAAGACAAAAAGCAGAUGGAGAGCAUCAAUGGAGAUGAAUUCAUUGAACUGGACAGUGUAGACGACACAGACGAGGAGAAGACAACUGUCGAAGCCGAGACCGUGGCAGAAGAGGAGGCACCUGCUGAGACAUUGGAGUAAAUACCUGAUCACGAGACAUCUUCGCCAUAUUGUAUCCUCGUAUUCAGUUUUUUUGUUUUCCCAUUGGUGAGGCUUCAGUUAAGGACAGAAGUGCAUCACUUCAUGGCAUGGAAAUGUCAACAGUGCGUUACACAUGAAGUUUUCAGCUAAAUAAACUUUUCCACUCAUCCAUUGGUUUGCAGUAGAGAAUUAAUUACAUUGUUUCACCGAAAGCUUGUCAUUGGGAUUCCAGUGAAAAAUAUCUAUUACUGGGAUGCACCCAUCAUCUUCAGGUUAUUAGUUAAUGAAAAUGUAAUAUAUGGUUCUGUUGCUUCAUAUAUUUAAGUUGGGUCUUUGAUCUAUACAAUCCUCCUAGAAAAUUUUCAUGCUCCAUUUUUGCCUUGUCAGACCUGUGAACGAUCAUGAUGUGGUUCUUUUGCAUAAUCCUCUGAAUUACUUGAAAAUUUGGAUCUCUCCCCUCAUAAAAUGUGACAAUGUUUAGUGUAGUUGUGCUUUGUGACUGGUGUAUUUCUUGUGAAUUAUUGCAAGUUCAUUGCAACCACCUUAUGUGGCAUUAUGAUGGUGUGAUUACAAUUUAUGACAUGUCAAAAAGGUCAGGUGAUGGAAAAGAUGUGGAAAGUACACAACAAGGCUUUUCCACAGCACAGGCAAGGGACCAUUGGAUAAGAAAGAUAAUAAUGCUUUUUUAUUCAGGUUUUGAGAAGUGCAGGAAAAAUGAGUGUACCAGGAAAUUGUUACACUUCCACUGUUCAUUCAAUACAAAGUCCAUUGCUCUGAGUGUCAUGUACUGUCCCUGAGCCAUGGUAUAACCACUUAUACUAGGACAAAAAAACCCAUGAAAUCCCAAAU